CUCUAUAUAUAUAGGGGAAAGGGUGAAUUGUGGUCAAGCGCCGGGCUGAUCUAUGGAGGGUGAUUAUGCAAGUGCAGGUUAAAGGGAGCGCUGAAUGAGUAACUGCCCCCUCCCCUGGUUUCCUGCCCCUGCUAGGGGAGGGACUGUUCAGGGAACGGAGUGAGAAAGCACCUGGGUGUGCGAUCUGACGGCGGGGAAGUCCCGUUCUGAAAGCUGCUUCCUACACGGGCUGUCAGUCUGAGAAAUUGUUAGCAAGAAAGAGGGGGACACCGGGGGAGGAACAAGAGCUAGAAACUAAAAGCAGAUACAAAAAAAAAAGGAGUCGGUAGGGGGUGUGGGAAUUAAGAAAAUGCAAGCGGCUCCUUAGACAAAAAGGGACAAGAAAAAAGAAAGCUGGGGGUAAAGAAAGUUAAAAAGUAUCGAAAAGGAGUGAAGGGUGGCACCAUUGGGCUUGAGUGAGAAGACCAAGUGGCCAAAGAACAGGUGGUGAGACCAAGGAUACUACACCAAGUGGUAAAAGUGGGACCCAAGGAAAGCGGUAGAGGGAACAUGGUUCUAAAGCAGAGACCAAGGGAUAAAGAGAUUUAGGCAAAUGGUAGAGGUGGGGAGACAGACCGAGACACCACGAAAAUGCAAGUGACCCAGAAACAGAGGCGAAAACAUAGACAGACUCAUAGAUGUUGGAGAGAGCAAGGGAGGAAGACCUAGGCAAGCAAAAGAGACAGUUCCACUUAGAGGAGGGUGUCGGACCUGAUAAAGGGAGGGGGGAAAGAAGUGGAGCUUUGAAAGGUAAGGAAGUCUAGAUUGGUGGGUGACGAGGAGAGACAGAAGAGCACCUGUUCCUGUUUGGUCUUGAGAGUUUCCAUUAAUUUCUGAAUGGAGUGAUAUUAGGCGACGUUGGCCAAUGGAUACAAGUCAUAGACCCUGCAUGGGGGGUAUGGAGACCUCCUCUCCCUUGGACCUAAGUAUCAGAAAGACUACAGACAUGUUUGGUAUGGCACCAAAGAGCCCUCAUACGACAUGGUCAUGCGGAGACAUGAAGCUCUUACAUUGCUUGAAGACGACCAGACAUGAGAAGACAACGCCAUCUGAAGAUGGGUCGGUGGAGGAACCUGAUGAGCGCAAGAAGCAGGCCUGCCUCCCUAUCAGAAAACGGAGGUACCCACCGUCCCCCGAGGAUGAUAGACCCCCAAUGGAGCACAUGGACCACUACCCAAACUGGAUGAGGAAAUGCUAUCCUUCACCUUACAUGCAAGUUCCAUUAUCUUCCCAUUACCAAGGUGGUGCUCCUGCUUAUUGGACCUCGCCGUCUCCAUUCCCAACUCCUGCCCCUGCGCUAGUGAAUGCACCGCUUCUAGGAUUCCUGCCACCGCAACACCCAAUGCUGCUACCUGCCGAUAUGCAGAUACAGGCUGACAUCAUUGCGGCAACUCAGCCCGACGAGGACGGAGACACAGCUCUUCACAUUGCUGUGGUUCAUGGAAACGUUCCAGCCGUCCAGAGGCUUCUCUCGCUUUUUCUUCAUGUGGGUAAAGACCUGGAUUGCCUCAACAACCUAAGGCAGACACCGCUCCACCUUGCGGUCAUCACGGAUCAGCCCGCCCUGGUCUCUCUGCUCCUGGCUCAUGGCUGCUCUCCUGAUAUCCCCGAUCGUAAUGGCCAGACGUGCAUUCUUCUAGCGUGUGAAAACAGGAGCAUAAACAGCCUGCAACUUCUACUCAAAGGGAGGACGUGGAACCCGGAGGCCACCAACUACCAAGGCGUGACGGCGCUACAUAUAGCGAUCAGCACCGGACGCAGGGAUAUCGCCCUCUGUUUGCUGGAGAACGGGGCCGACGUCGACGCCGUGGAAAUGAAGAGCGGCCGGACUCCAUUAAUCCAGGCAGUGGAGAGCGGCUGUGAGGAACUGGUAGCUCUUCUGUUACAACGUGGCGCCCAAGUCAACGCGCAGACCUACGCAGGUAACACGGCACUGCACGUGGCAAGUGGACGAGGCCUUGAAGAAAUCACGCGGAUACUGCUACGGAGCGGAGCAGACAGCGGAAUAAAAAACUGUCACAAUGACACCUCCAUUACUGUAGCAAAGGACAAGAGGAUUACGAACAUUCUUAGGGGCAAAGCUUCCUCUCCGCAAGCUCAAUAUGAAAUGUUCUGCGAAGAAAUAAGUGACAGCAGUGCAGAUCCUUGAGGACCAACACACAACUCAACCAGCCUCCUCCAUGCAGAUGGCGUCUCGAUAACUAUCCCUACCUCAAGAAUGGACAUUAAUCUGCCCUCUUCUACUUAAAUCUUACAGGAGAGUAUAGCCACGAAGAGCUUUAUGAUGUUCUACUGAAUUGUAGUAUGUGAUAAGACUAUUAAAAACACUCUGGGUUCAACAAAAAGGCAGCCCCCCCCCAAAAAAAAACACAUAUGGACCAGUAUGGCAUCAGGAUGAACCUCAAUUGCAUCACCAUGGGGCGUUCCAGGAGAUAAUGGUGUACUUACCACUGACACUAGGACCAGCACCUUCAGCCACCCCACCACCGCGUUCUCCAUUCUCAAGUGGAGAGCCGAGGAUGUGACGUGGAGCGUUUCCGACAUCUUCCACCUAAAAUGUUUUGUGAAUAAGGACAAUUCGCAGGCUAAGGUGGAUGAACUCUAAGAGGGGCACCAACCCAUGUGACGCCGAAUAAAAUUUUACCCAUUAUAUUCAACACAGACAUUCCAACUACAACGAUUAAGCCACCAAAUCCACGCCAGUUCUUCGCUUUUCCAGCACAAGGUGGAAGCUGAAGCUUCAUUAGGUGGCCACAGGCAGGGGGUUUUCUAUGGUUAAGGCCGGAGCAUGCUUUGGGGUGAAAUGCAUUAGAUAUGGUGGGAUAUCGCUCUUCCAUGUAUGUGUAUUCAUUCCGUAAGUUAUUUAAUAUUGUUUACAAUAAAUAUUUUUAUAUUAA